AUGGUUACAGACAUAUACAACCCAGGUGAAAAAAUAGAAAAUGAAUUUUUAAAAGAAAAAAUACGUGGAAAAAUAAAUGAAAUGUUAAAAUGGAAAAGGAAAGGGUUUCCUGGAAGUAAUCCUGUAUCACUAACUAAACAUAAUAUAAAAAAUUUAUUUAAUAAAGAUUAUUUAAUAUGUGAAAAAACAGAUGGAGUUCGAUAUUUUUUAUUUAUUGUUUCAAAUACAACAUUUUUAAUUGAUAGAAAUUAUGAUAUAUUUAAAAAUGAUAUGCAUAUACCUACUAUAGAUGAUUUAAAAAUCAAACAACAGCUAACUUUAUUAGAUGGAGAAUUAGUAGAAGAUACUAUAUAUAAUGAAAAAAAAAAAAUUGAGGAAAAAAAAAUUGUUUAUUUAAUAUAUGAUGGUUUAUUUAUACAAAGAAAAGAUAUCACAAAUUUAUCAUAUAUAGAAAGAUUAACUAAUGUAUAUAAUUAUGUUAUAACACCUUUGAAAAUGUAUAGAAAUAAAAAAAGAGGAAAAAAAAAUGACCAACUAUCAUAUAGUAAUAAUAAUGAUGACAAAAACGGUAUAAAGGAAAUUGAAAAUGAUAAUUCGAGGAAGCGAAAGCAUGCUGCUGAAAAUGGAAAAAAUGAAAAACUCGCAAUAGCUGGCGAACAAGGCGAACAUACAGAAUUGGCAAAUGACGAAAGCAGCGACUUGGAAAAUGAAAAUGAAAGUGAAAAUGAAAGUGAAAAUGAAAAUGAAAAUGCAGAAAACGAACCGCUAAAUAUUUAUUUAAAAGAUUUUUAUUCAAUAUCUCAAAUAUCCGAACUAUUAAAAAUUAUGAAAAAAUUACCACACACAACAGAUGGUAUUAUAUUCACCCCUUUAAAUUAUCCAUAUGUCACUGGUAAUUUCUAUCAACUAUUAAAAUGGAAACCACUAAAUUUAAAUACAGUUGAUUUUGGUAUCGAAACUAUUUAUAAUAGUGAAAAUAUUCCAAUUAAAUUUGAAUUAUUUAUAGCAAUAAAUGGAAUUAGAGCACCAUAUAAUUGUUAUUUAGCUGAAUAUGGUGAUGUAUAUAAACAAUUAUUACAAAUGGCUAUAAAUAAUAAAAUUUCUCAUUAUAUUAUUGAAUGUUAUUAUGUUUCAAAAAAUAUUUAUUCAAUUUGUAAAAAUGAUGAUUUAACAGAAAAAAAAGUUGAAGGAGGAUGGAUUGCACAAAAAAUUAGAUAUGAUAAAAAUAUUCCCAAUGAUAUUAUGACACUUAAUAAAGUUAUGCAUAGUAUUCUUGACAAUAUAACUAUUGAUACUUUGAUAAAAGAAGUUGCAACAAAUCCAAGACCCUCCACAUAA